AUGUCGAAACGCUCUGCUGAUGUCGAAAUGGGGGAUGCCCCCCUCAAGGGAGGUGAUCGCCCUGAGGGUAUGGAGAUUGACGAGAAGGCCCCCGACAUGGGCGAGUUCGAGGACGAAUUCGAGGAUGAGUUCGAGGAGGACGAAAUUAUGGAGGCCGGUGUUGACGGACGCCCUGACGCAGAGAGGGAGGCUGAGGAGAGGGAAGCUGCCGUCGACCAGGGCACUUUCAUCGUCGGACGAAACAAGCUUGAGGCGGGACAGACACUCGCGCCCGAUGUUUCUACCUACGAGAUGCUGCACAACCUGAGCACGCCAUGGCCCUGUCUGUCUUUCGAUAUUCUCCGCGACAGUCUUGGUGACAACCGUAAGGUCUAUCCCGCCACCAUGUACACCGUGGCUGGUACACAAGCAGAGAACGCCAGGGCUGGCGAGAACCAGCUGAUGGUUAUGAAGUUCAGCGGUCUGAGCCGUACGGAGAAGGACGACGAGGAAUCUGAUGACGACGACGAAGAUGGCGAUGAGGACGCCGAGCCCAUCCUUGAGCACAAGGCGAUCCCCUUGAACUCGACUACGAACCGAAUCCGCGCCCAUCAGAUCCCCUCGCAAGAUGCUUCCAGACCUCCUACGACCCUCACAGCCACCAUGACCGAGUCAUCCAACGUCUUCAUUCACGAUAUUACGCCUCACAUCUACUCCUUCGAUAACCCGGGCACCGUCAUCUCCGCGCAGCAGAACAAGCCAGUGUCGACUAUUCGCGCCCACAAAGCAGAGGGUUAUGCUCUUGACUGGUCCCCCCUUGUUCCCAGUGGAAAGCUCCUCACCGGUGACAACGAUGGUCUCAUUUACGUCACAACCCGCACCGACGGCGGCGGGUUCGUCACCGACACCCGGCCAUUCCAGGGUCACACCAGCAGCGUUGAGGAAAUUCAAUGGAGUCCCUCGGAACAGUCUGUCUUCUCAUCCGCCUCAAGCGACGGCACAAUACGCGUUUGGGAUGUCCGUAGCAAGAGCAGAAAGCCCGCGCUUUCAAUGCAUGUCAGCAACCACGAUGUAAACGUCAUGUCGUGGUCACCCCUCACGACGCAUCUGCUUGCGUCUGGCGCCGACGACGGCGAAUUCGCCGUCUGGGAUCUGCGCCAGUGGAAGCAGAGCUCUACCUCUGCUGCCGACAAGCCCUCGCCGAUUGCCAGCUUCAACUACCACAAGGAGCAGGUCACGAGCAUCGAGUGGCACCCCACAGACGAUAGUAUCAUUGCUGUUGCGGCGGGCGACAACACCGUUACUCUGUGGGAUUUGGCUGUCGAGCUGGACGACGAGGAGAGCAAGGAUACCGGCGGUGUCAAGGACGUGCCGCCUCAGCUUCUGUUCGUCCACUACUUGUCCAACGUCAAGGAGCUCCACUGGCAUCCCCAGAUCACUGGCAGCUUGAUGGCUACUGGUGAUGAAACUCUGCAUGGCUUGGGCGCUCACACAGAUGAGGAGCCCAUUGGUAUGACCCGUUUGUCACAAGGAAGUUCUAUUUCAGGUAUCAUAUUGGAUUCUGGGUACGAGAUUGAGGGCCUUUUUGGCGACCCUCAUUCGACCAUUGAAAAGCGAGUUAAGGGAGCGAGGCCGAGUGUCUCCGGCAUAAAUAAAGACGAUCAUUUCGUUCUCUUCAACAUGCGGUAUCUUGCAAGUCUGGCUCUUCUCUGCCAUUUGGCACAUGGUGCCCCUUCUACUCCGGCUGAACACUCCGCACGUACUGCAGCAGUCUUCGAGGUGGACAGGUUCUUCGCGGGAAGUCUUCCACCAAGCACAAGAAACUUUGUCAUAUUCUCCGUCCAGCCCACCCCUGGCGCCGACUUUGCUAACUGUACCAUCAACACGGACACUGGUCCUAAAGUACCAACGGUCGACAAGGUGGUCUGCACUGACGUUAACUCUAUCACAUGGAGUCUGGAGCCGAUGGGGACAGGGAUGCAUUUCAGUGUCUGGUGGGCUUUUACUAGUCAUGCUUCGUUGCUGGGCGGAAUACACCUCGACGAGUCGUACUUCAAGGACACAACACUCGCAGAUGGGAGCAAGUCACAAAGCUAUGUGGGGCCGCACAAGUUCACCUUGGAGACUACCAUGGUGAUGAACAAUCCCGGGGGCAAGAGAAAGAUGGAAGAGAGCGUGGAGUAG